GCUUCUUUCAUAGGGGCGGGGAGGAGAAAGCUUGAGCGACACUGCUCACAAAAAUAAUCGGUUGUAGGCUCUUCGAGUUAUUAUUUUCCACCAGUCGCUAAACCAUAGACUGUGCAUCUUAGAACCAAUGGAAUCCUGAAUCAUGGCUGCAAAAGAGGAUCUCUACAGCAAAAUCAUCCCGCGAAGGCUUAGGCCAAACCGACCGGGCAAUGUGAAAUAUGGAUCGAAUUUGGACGUCCUCUUAUCGAUGGGUUUCCCCAAAGCCAGGGCAUUGAAGGCACUAGUAUCAACAGGAGGGAGGAGUGUACAGCUAGCAUGUGACUGGCUGUUUUCCCAUGUGAAUGACCCUUUCCUAGAUGACCCAUUGCCCAGAGAGUAUGUUCUGUACUUGCGCCCCAGUGGUCCUCUGCAAAAUCAGCUCCAUCACUUCUGGCAGCAGUCCCGCGUCACCUGUGGCAAAAACAAGGCCCACAACAUCUUUCCUCACAUCACACUCUGCCAGUUCUUCAUGUGUACUGAUGACAAGGUGGAUGCCCUGUUGGAGGCCCUGCAGACCACGGUGGGUCAUUGGAGGGGUCGUUUUCCCAGCCCCCUGCCUCUGGAGCUCUACACCUCUUCCAACUUUAUAGGCCUCUUUGUGGAGGAGCAGAUUGCAGAGGUCCUCAAGCAAUUUGCUGCCGACUUUGCUUCUGAGGCUGCCAGGAAAGCAGAUGUCCAUGUAGAGCCCCAUAAGAAGCAGCUUCAUGUGACAUUGGCCUACCACUUUCCCACUAUUCACCUGUCCUCCCUGGAAAAGCUAGCCAAGGGAAUUGAGGUGAAGCUAGGCUGUGACUGGCUGGCUGUCCUUUUCUCCCGGGACAUUCGGUUUGCCAAUCAUGAGACGCUGCGCGUGAUGUAUCCCUACGCCCCUCAGAAUGAAGACGAGUUGGAGUUGGUCUCGGGGGACUAUGUAUUUAUGUCUACUAUGGAGCAGAACAACACAAGUGAGGGAUGGGUCUACGGGGCCUCCCAGGCCACAGGACUGUCUGGCCUACUGCCGGAGAACUAUGUCAGCCGAGCAGAUGAGUGUGACACCUGGGUCUUUCAUGGAUCACACUCGUUCUUCAGUUGCACCACCCCCUCAGACAAAGGGAUUAGGGAAAGGGUCGUAUUGGAUGGGCUGCUGGACAGCCGACGACUUGACAACUCUAGCCCUGCAGACACACCCACCUUGAGCCUCAUCUGUCAUCCCAUGCAGGUACUACGAAUGAGCAGCAGCAUCCACUCUCGGCCGCCCAAGCGAACCCUGUUUGUCUGUCGGCAUGGUGAGAGGAUGGACGUGGUUUUUGGGAAACACUGGCUCUCACUGUGCUCCGAUUCCAAAGGUAGAUAUGUACGCACUAACCUGAACAUGCCAACCAGCCUGCCUAUGUGGAGUGGAGGACACAGAGAUUAUGACAUGGAUGCCCCAAUUACAGUGUUUGGUUCCACACAAGCACAAUUAGUGGGUGACGCAUUGUUGGAGAGCAAUACAGUGAUAGACUUUGUCUACAGUUCACCUUCCCUGCGCUGUGUCCAGACUGCACAGAACAUCCUUAAAGGUUUGCAACAAGAUGGCAAGCUGAAGAUCAGAGUAGAGCCUGGCCUGUUUGAGUGGACCAAGUGGAUCACUGGGAACACCCUUCCUAGCUGGAUCCCUCCCACAGAUCUGGCUGCAGCCCAUUUCAGUGUGGACACAACAUACAGACCCCUCAUCCCAAUAAACAAACUAAGCGUGUCUGAGUCCUAUGACACCUACAUGACUCGGAGCUACCAAGUGACCAAAGACAUUCUGACAGACUGCAAAAACAUUGGAAACAACAUACUGAUUGUGGCCCACGCUUCCUCCCUGGAGGCCUGCACGAGACAACUCCAGGGCCGUAGCCCCCAGAACUCCAAGGACUUCAUCCAAGUAGUCAGGAAGAUCCCCUACCUGGGCUUCUGUUCCUGUGAGGAGCAGUGUGAGACAGGAGGCUGGCAGCUGGUAGACCCACCCAUACUUCCCCUUACACACGGACCCAACCACUCCUUCAACUGGAGGGAGACACUUCUCCAGGAAUGAGAGGCAGCUGGAACAGACUCCAGUCUCAUCCUGAGGCCUUAGUUUCUGCUUAAACAGCAAUAAUGAGAGACGUGUCGGAGUCAGUGGGUAGUUGGACCUGGUUGUACUGAACUGCACACCAUUCAAAUAUUAUACUACCAUUAACUGUUCUAAUUUGACAGUACCAUUGACAGUAUUGUUGUCAGUUCUAUUUUGACAGUACUGAUGUCAGUUCUAUUUUGACAGUAUUGCUGUCAGUUCUAAUCUGACAGUAUUGCUGUCAGUUCUAAUUUGACAGUAUUGUUGUCAGUUCUAAUUUAACAGUAUUGCUGUCAGUUCUAAUUUGACAGUAUUGUUGACAGUUCUAAUUUGGCAGUAUUGCUGUCAGUUCUAAUUUGACAGUAUUGUUGACAGUUCUAAUUUGGCAGUAUUGCUGUCAGUUCUAAUUUGACAGUAUUGUUGUCAGUUCUAAUUUAACAGUAUUGUUGACAGUUCUAAUUUGACAGUAUUGUUGACAGUUCUAAUUUGACAGUAUUGUUGACAGUUCUAAUUUGGCAGUAUUGCUGUCAGUUCUAAUUUGACAGUAUUGUUGUCAGUUCUAAUUUAACAGUAUUGUUGACAGUUCUAAUUUGACAGUAUUGUUGACAGUUCUAAUUUGACAGUAUUGUUGACAGUUCUAAUUUGACAGUAUUGUUGACAGUUCUAAUUUUACAGUAUUGUUGACAGUUCUAAUUUUACAGUAUUGUUGUUUGUGAAAGGGAGGGAGAAGUGAGUUUGGUAUGGGGAUACGUCUCAGGGCCUAGUUGACCGUGGAAAAGCACAUAGCUACUGUGUUGGACGUCAGGCUAGCAAGCAGCUGCUGACAGCCUGCACAUAAACCAUUACAUAUCACUUCACUGCCAGUCAACGGCUUGCCAGAAAGAAGUUAGAAUGUUGUGAACACUGACGCAGAAAAUAAAUAAUAUUAUAGUUUGAAAAAGCAAUUGCAUCUCAUGUCCCACUUCCAGUUUUUGGUCAGAUGUUUUAACCACUAGGCUUUCAGAAAUGUUGAUGAGAACAGAUUCUAUCAACAGAAGUAUCUGUAGGGCAGUUAUUAUGUCACCGGCACGAUUAUUGGGUUUUCUCUAAAUAAUACGGGUGUUAAAGACAUUGGGGAGAACAUGAAAAACUCACCCCAUUAUCUUGUAUGUAAAACAACAAAUGUAUUUGCAAAGUGGGCAAAACUAGGUGAAAAGUGGUCAAUUAGAUGAUGUUGUAUACAGGUUGUAUGAGUACGUUGACCAGAUGUUAUCAAUUUAAUUAUUCGUUAUGGUUUUAAGUUACCAGCUGGUCAUCUGGUUUGAUAGUUUCUUCACAACCAAAAAACGAACACAUUUUAACUGGAAAUAAAUCAGAAAGUGACAUCAUUAAGAUGCAUGUGCCAAAUCUUUCUUCAAGUUUGUAUUAAAUGUUGUAGUUUUGUCUCACUGUAGCAGUUUGGACUGUUGAAAAUCAUAGAUGAGUGUUGCUGAAGCUGGUGUAAUAAUCAUUUGCAGGUAACUAACAUUUUGAUGUGUUCAUAUUAUAGAGUCACAAACAGUUGUGACUAUAUAAUUUUUCAGUCAACCAGUUGAGAACUUUUAUAUUUUAUUUAAAAGCUUUAAAGGACAAUCUGUGGUUGGUAUAUACAUUGUUGGGCUCAUUAAUUAGUACUAUGUACUCAUUGAUUGCUAAAGAAUAAAACAAAUGUCACAUUUGCUUAAAACAGGGGUAUUCAAUCCGAUUAUCAUGGACCCCACAAUUUCCUUGUAGCCCUGAACAGGCACUCAUUUUGUGCAGGCUACAAUUUUGUUGUAGCCCUGAAGGGGCAUGAUCUACUAAUUAAGGGCUUGAUGAUUAGCUGACAAGUCUAAUCAGUUGUGCUAGUUAUGGAAUAGAUGAAAUACAUGCAAUGGCUGGGGGUCCUUAAGGAAAAAGUUGAAUACCUCUGGCUCAAAAUAUCCUAACCCAUCGGAAACCCAAAAUAUUAGCUUGUUUUACCUUGAAGAUUUUUGCCAAGUAAAUGUAAACCAAUACUAUAGCCUCAAAACAUGGUAAAAACUAUAAUAUUUUUACUACAGAUGAGCAGUCCUUUCCACAAUAUGAAUUUGUGACUGGUUACAUAUCUCCAGCCCCAUCCCUGAGCAUUUUACUGAGGGCUGUAAAGAACACUUUGUUAUGGUUUCAAAUGCUGAUACAACUAUCUACUUCCAAAUUAAAAAGACCAAUUUUAUGCUAGGAAAAAACUGUUUGUGUUUUUUUUUAGGGGGGUGGGGGCAUUUUUCAUUGUGGCCAUAUAUAGGUAACACAGUUAAAAAUAAGGCUUGAGUCACCACAAGCUGUCAGAACAAAUUUUGGUGGUGGAAAUUGACAUCUCAAGCAAACUCCAGAAUCUUUCAUUAUUGUUAAACUAUGUUGAUUUCUAGUGACUGAGACAAUUUGAGCAAUCUUAAUCACUGAAGCUCUUGCCAAACGUGCCCCAACAAUCACUCCCCUUUCAAAAUCACUGAGAUUUACCUAGAUGUUUUGGUUAAUAACAGGUGUGCAAUGGGUCAUGAAAAUUGUGUUGAGAGCCUCAUAAUUUCGAAUCUGACUUUACUUGGCUAACAGAAGGUAAUGUUUUGCAAGUUUAUGAAUCAUAAUCAGCCUUUACAGUACAUUUCAGGUAUAUGUAACUGACAUUUCAGGGAUAUAAUUGUACGUAUUGCAAUGGAAUGGUUCAAAUUUUCCCCUCAAUUAUUAUGCUAAUCCUCAAAAGAGACUGCCAUAAUUUUCUUGGAAUUUUACACAUAAUCACUUGAUAUUUUAAAUAUAUAAAAAGUUAUUUUGAAUUGCUAUUUAUUAUGUUUAUUGUAUUUGUGUAGAGCAAUACUUAUUAUGCUGUACAGUAUAUUGCAAUGUACAUUUCAAAAUAAAUAAACAGGUUUACUGAUGGGAAGAUAAAAUGCUGAAUGGUAUUGUUAGGAGUGGAAGGUUUGAUGGUUGCACACAUAAUAUUCUCUGUGUUCAAUCACUUCAAAUCUAUAUUGUUUUUUGUUUGAGAUCCUCUGCUUUAUAAUGUUAUAAACAGAGAUGUUCUCUUGGCAUUUUCGCAAACCUCAAGGCUUUUGUUUAGCCUCAUCUAAAAUUUUAUUUUUCUGCAGAUAAGGCACUGAUUAAGAAGGCUAAGACUGUGUUGUUCAUCCAUAAGUGAACUGAAUGAAUAAAUAAAUAAUUUCAAGUUUCA